AUGGGCUACGGCUCAUUCUCUACGCCGGCCGCCUCCCGGCUCGUCGCUCCACCUCCGCCCUUCACGCCCGAGACCUUCUCGCUACUCGAAUCUAAACGACUCGAACUGCUGCGCGAAGAUGCCGAUGCAGAAUCGCGCCAUUACGAAGUCAAUGAGCUGCUCGAGCGGGAGGCCAGACAGCACUCGCUCCUCUACCGGGCCUUCCGCGGGUUCUUCGAGUCGCGAAAGUACCACAAGGAGCGCAAGUGGUUCCUCUCCCUCCCCUGGAACACCAUACGCAUCAUCACAAUCUCGACCCUCUUCUUCUUUGCUCUCUUUGUCUUCGUCCAGCAGACCUCGCAGGGCACCCACAAGGUCAAGCUCUACUUCGUGGCGCCGGGCAUCUACAACACGAGCUUCUCCCACUUCCCGCCACAAGUCCACCUCCUCUUCUUCCUUCAGGGCAAGACCCCGCAGGCCGACCCAACAGCCAACGGCAGCGCCACGUGGGACGCCCUCGACACCUUCGUCCACACCAUCACCGCUCCCCACGGCAACGAGGACACGGAGCAGCACACGCACACGUUCUCGGUGUCGGACGAGACGCGGGACCAAUACGAGGCCCUGCGGCUGGUGGUCAACACCAACACCCACCAGCCCAUCGCUCUCCAACUCCAGGUCCUCACACUCGGCUGGCUCGGCUCUCACGAGGUGGCGAUCGGAAUUUUGAUUUUGGUGGCGGUCUAUGUGCUGAUCGUCUUCGAGCUGGUGCAUCGCGCCAUUGCCGCCCUUGUGGGAUCUUUUUGGGCUCUCGCCUUCCUCAGCGCUGUCGAACAGCGCCCCUCCUUCGACGACGUGGUGUCGUGGAUCGACUUUGAGACGAUCGUGUUCCUGUUCGGAAUGAUGACCCUCGUGGGUAUCUUCUCCGAGACGGGCUUCUUCGAGUGGAGCGCCAUCCGCGCCUACAAACUGUCCGGCGGCAACAUCUGGCACCUCGUCGUCAUGCUCGUGGUGUUUUCGGGGGUGACGUCGUCCGUGCUGGACAACGUCACGGAGGUGCUCCUGGUGGUGCCCGUUACCCUCCGGCUGUGCAAGGUGAUCGACGUCGACCCGCUGCCCGUCGUCAUCGCCAUUGUAAUAUUCAGUAAUAUUGGAGGAACGGCCACGGGAAUCGGUGACCCGCCGAACAUCCUCAUCAUCUCCAACUCCCACCUUCAGGCCACCGAACUCGUCGACUUCAACGUCUUCACCUACCACAUGGCACCUGGAGCGGCGUUGGCGUUCGUGGUAACGUUGCUUUACUUCUGGAAAACGUACCACCACCUCUUCCAGCGGUCCUACGUCGACCCCGUCCUCAAGGAGAUCGAGAUAUGGAAACGCACCGCCGACAAACUCGAACUGGCGGCGACGGAUGAGGAGAAGAACGUGCAGACCAAGCUGCUGGAGUACAUCGACGUGCUGGAGAAGCACAUGGAGGCCAAGCAGCAGGCCAAGGAGGAGAAGCAGCGGCUCAUGCACGAGAGCCGCAUGGCCGCCUCGUCGGCCCUCAUGAUCGAGGCCGAGGGCGAGUGCGACGGCGGCGACGGCGGCGGCGGCGGCGGCGACGAGGAGGGCAAGCUCGACAUCCACGCCCUCGAGCGCAAGUACCGCAUCCGCGACGUGCCCCUCUUCAUCAAGAGCGUGUCGGUCAUCUUCGGGGUGGUGGCCCUCUUCUUCAUCCACCCCUUUGUCUCCUCCAUCCACCUCAACAUCCCGUGGAUCGCCAUUCUCGGCGCCCUCCUGCUUCUGACGAUCAUCGACGCGAAGGAGUUGGAGCCCAUCCUGGCCAAGGUGGAGAUGGGAACCCUCUUCUUCUUCGCCGGCCUCUUCGUGCUCAUGCGCUGCCUCGAGGAAAUGGGGGUGAUGCUCUUCUUUGCCCGCAUGACCGCCGACAUUGUGUCCAUUUUCCCCGAGGGCCGUAUUCGUCUGUGCUUCGCCAUCUUGCUGUUGAUGUGGGUGUGCGCGCUGGUCUCGGCAUUCAUCGACAACAUCCCGUUCACCACGACCAUGGUGCCCGUGGUGGUGGAGCUCUCGCAGAGCGGCCUCGGCCUCCCGCUCCAGCCGCUCGUUUGGGCCGUCGCCUUUGGCGUGUGCCUCGGCGGCAACGGCACUCUCAUCGGAGCUUCGGCGAACGUGGUGGCGGCGGGCAUAGCGGAGCAAUCGGGGACGCACAUCAGCUUUGCCAAGUUUUUCGCCAUGGGCUUCCCGUGCAUGCUCAUCUCCACGGCCACGGCCUCCGUCUAUCUCAUCAUUACCCACGUCAUCUUCCCCUGGUACAGCGGCUGA